AUGCACGACCUGCUUGCGUCAUGUGCGCUCUCUGCGACGUGUGCUGUGCGUCGUGUGCUGUGGGCUCUCACGGCCGUUGCCAUGCGCUCUAGUAUUUCGAUUGCCUCGAGGUUGUUCGCAAUG